GCUAAAGAGGGGAAGCAGGUUCUCGGCCCUGAGGGCUGGAGUUCAACUGGCAAAGUUCUCCCUUCCCAUCUCCCCCUGUGCCCCUGCAGCACACUUGCUCUUUGCGUGUGUGUGUGUGCGCGCUUCUCAGUCCCUUCCCUGCCGUUGAGAUAGGGAGUUUCUGUUUCAACCUUUUGUUCUUCCCGUGCCGUUGAUGCAAUGCUCAGAUCUCACCAUGAUGCAAUGAAAAGAGACUCUUCUGCAGCAGCUCCUAGAAGAGCCAACCACAGCCGCUUCUCAUCUAGGAUAAAUGUCUUCACCCCUGCUCCUGUACCCCAUCAACAUGCUAUGAGCAAGCUGCCUGCUUGUGAAACAGGUUCAGACCAGACUCCCCCCGAACACAGCAGACUUGAGGAUUUUCACCAGCAACAAAUCCUCUUCCUGAAAGGACAGCUUCCCGAAGCUCCACUGUGGAAGCCUGAUGUGCAGAGGUCCCAAAGUCCAGGAACAUCCUUUCCACCCCUCCGUGCGAAUUUAUGGUACCACCACAGAGCUACGGCCAGAAGAUCUGCCUGUAACAGUAGCUGGCAGCCACAGAAGCAGCCAUUUCAUCUUACGCCGAGCUACCCUGGAGGUUGUCAGAGGGGUGGAGUUGACAGGCUUGUCUCCAACUUUCAGGGGCUGGCUCUGAGCGCGCAAGGCGUGGAACAAAGGCUUCUGGAGAUCUUGGGAGAUCUGAAACCUGGGGAGACAGAAUCGGCUUGCCGGCUUGCCCGCAAGCUGAACGUCAAAAAGAAAGUGGUCAACCAGUCUCUCUACAAGCUUCAACACCAAGGGCAGUUGCAUAAAUCAGAGACAACUCCGCCAUUGUGGAGGUUAGCAGACCACCACAAGUUCUUGGAAACAAGAAGAGAGGGACGUUCGGCUGGCCAGGAGGACCAGAGGCACCUUUUAGAUUUGGGGGUCAAAGAAGAAGAAAGUUCUGCCUCUGAUCAGGAGGACUGUCUUAGUUCUCCUGACAUGGCUGAAGUCAGGGAGAAGAUCUGUAGCUUCUUGUUCGGGGUGGUGGAUUCCACAGCCCACAACCUGGCCAAAAACAUUGGCUUGACCAAGGCUAGGGAUGUGAACACCACCCUUGUGGCCCUGGAAAAGCUGGGGGAGGUGCACAGAGAGAACGCCAACCCUCCAAAGUGGUCUCUCACGGACAACAAGCGGAAGCGGAUGCAAGUCAAGAUGAAGGCUGAAGAGGUCAGGCAAAUGGUUCCCCCUGCUCCAGGCCCAGACCUCGAGCCCCCGACUCCUUGUGCAGAGCCAGAACCACCUGCUGGUGUGCCCUCUCCUCAUCUUUCUCCUUCUCCUUCUCCUUCUCCUUCUCCUUCUCCUUCUCCUUCUCCUUCUCCUUCUCCACCUCCACUGCUGGAGAGCGAGGGGGAGAAAAUUGAGAACGGGCAGCAGGCUGCCGAGCUGGUGGGACAGAGCGGCGGUUGUCCUCCCUGGACAGGACCCUCUCGCAAGCGGCCCAGGUAUCACUGGUUCUCCCAUUAUGACAAUUUUGAGAACGGCAAGUGGGCAACCGACGACAUCCCGGAGGACUUGAAUGCCAUCAGCAACCAGGACGAGUCGAGAUGUAUUAUGGAGUCCCCUCUGUCCCCCAGCUACACAGCCCAAUUCGAUACCGCCUUCCAGUGCACCCCCUUGGAGAAACUCAUGGCGUGCCAAAAGAAGAACCCCGUGAGUGGUUUGAUCGAGUACACGCAGUAUAUGUACCAGCAUUGCGAGUUUGUCUUGCUGAAGCAGAGCGGGCCGUCCCACGAGCCACGGUUUAAAUUCCAGGCCAUGAUCGAUGCCCGCCGGUUCCCUCCGGCCGAGGCGGGGAGCAAAAAGCUCGCCAAACAGGAAGCUGCGGCCAACGCCAUGAAAAUUCUCCUCCAUGAAGCCGAGCACGAGGGGGAACACGGCAUGGGGCUGGAGAAGUCCCUGUACGAGGACAGCUCCCUCAGGGAAGUGGAGAUGCCUGAAGAAACAGACCCCGAGCCCUCGUCCACCACGCCACAGCCAACCCUCCUCUCUGGGAAGAACCCCAUCAGCGCCUUGAUGGAAUAUGCCCAGAAGUCGGGGAGCAUCUGUGAAUUCAAGCUGCUGUCUCAGGAUGGGCCGCCCCACGACCCCAAGUUUAGAUACUGCGUGAAGGUGGACGAGCGCGUCUUCCCUGCCGUGGUCUCUAACAGCAAGAAGGGAGCAAAGCAGAUGGCUGCUGAGGCCGCCAUGAAGGGCCUGUCUGGGGACACGAGUGGCUCGUCCGAGCAGAUGGAAGCCCAGGGUGAGCAGACUGUGGAGUUACCAGGCGGCCAAGCGGGGAACCUGGAAGAGCCCAAGGCAGUGAGCGCCAAGGGCGUCGGCGAGUUGAUCAAGUACCUGAAUUCCAACCCGGUCAGCGGCCUUCUGGAAUAUGCCCGCGCCAACGGCUUUGCUGCUGAAUUCAAACUGAUCAAUCAGACCGGCCCUCCCCACGACCCAAAGUUUGUCUUCCAAGCUAAAGUGGGGGGGCGCUGGUUCCCGUCAGUAACAGCACACAGCAAAAAGCAGGGCAAACAGGAAGCAGCAGACGCAGCGCUCCGAGUCCUCAUUGGGGAGACCGAGAAAACUGAACAGACGGCCGAAGGGCUGGGCGUCACAGAGCUCCCGGUGAGCGGAAGCACCCUGCACGACCAGAUCGCCAUGCUCAGCCACCAGAGGUUCAACGCCCUCACGGCUCGCAUCCAGCACAGCUUGCUCGGGCGCAAGAUCCUGGCCGCCAUCAUCAUGAGACGGGGCCAGGAGGGGCUGGGGGUCGUGGUGAGCAUCGGAACAGGGAACCGCUGCGUGAAAGGGGAGGAGCUGAGCUUGAAAGGGGAAACGGUGAAUGACUGCCACGCGGAGAUCAUCUCCAGGAGAGGAUUCAUAAGGUUUCUGUACAGCGAGCUCAUGAAGUUCGACCCCUCGGCACCGGAGGACAGCAUCUUUCAGCCGGCGGUGGAUGGCAAACUGAAGAUCAAAGAUGACAUCACCUUUCACCUGUACAUCAGCACGGCGCCUUGUGGAGACGGUGCUCUCUUUGACAAAUCCUGCAGCGACCAGGCCAGCACAGCCGGGGAGGACCAGCACCAGCCCCUCUUUGAGAAUCCCAAGCAGGGGAAGUUGCGCACCAAGGUGGAAAAUGGAGAAGGCACCAUCCCGGUGGAGUCCAGCGACAUCGUGCCAACCUGGGAUGGCAUCCAGCAUGGCGAGCGCCUGCGCACCAUGUCCUGCAGUGACAAAAUCCUCCGCUGGAACGUGCUCGGCUUGCAAGGCGCCUUGCUGUCUCACUUCUUGGAGCCGGUCUAUCUUCGCUCAGUCACACUCGGUUAUUUGUACAGCCAAGGUCACUUGACCCGCGCCAUCUGCUGUCGUAUGUCCAGAGACGGCAGCACGUUUGAGACAGCACUUUCCGCACCCUAUUUUGUCAAUCACCCUGAGGUUGGCCGAGUCAGCGUCUACGACUCGGCGAGGCAGACAGGCAAGACCAAGGAGUCAAGCAUCAACUGGUGUCUCCCCGACAACGCCAGUGUUGAGGUGCUAGACGGCACGAAAGGCAAGGUGGAUGGGCCCAAACUGGAUGUUUCGCGAGUCUCCAAGCAGAACCUCUUUGCACUCUUCCGGUCGCUUUGUGCCAAGAUGGGUCGGGAAGACCUGCAGAACUUCGCCGUCUACUCGGAGGCCAAAGCAGGUGCCCUCACAUACCAGAGUGCCAAGCGCCAAUUCUUCUGGGCCCUGCAAGAGAUGGGGUACGGAAGCUGGAUCUGCAAACCUCAGGAGGAGAAGACCUUUGUUCUGCCAGAAGUUUAACAAGCUGCACAUUUCAUUUGAUUUUUUUUUUUUUUGUAAUUUUCUGCAGAUGUCGGGAAAAGGGAGGAUUUAUUUUUUAUUAUUUUAGAUUUUGGGUGGUGGUUGUCAUUUUUAACGGAACCAGGAAUGUUCACAUAGAGUUACAGGUUUCCGGAAACUGGCCAUUACUUCCAGUUUAAAUCAACAAGGCAUUUUAAUUCGGUUGGGAAGGCCAGGGGUCUUCCCCACUCCCUUUUAAUCCCCCCUCCCUUUUUCAGCAAAGAUUUGCAGAGACAUGAUCCAAAACGUUGUGCUCGAGGGAACAAGAGAUCCACCAGCAUUCCUUUCUCCCUCUCUCCACCCUGCAACUUUUCCUCCUUCCUUCCUUUUUCACUUUCUGGGGGGGGGGCAAAAAAAAAAAUCAUUGUUUGACCCUUUGUUUUCAAGCGGUGCAGUCGGUACACUGGUCACUUUGUGCUCACACAUUUGUUACUUUGCCACAAGAGCUCUGUUCUGUCCAGGUGGCUUCCGAAGAGCGCCGGGACGAUUUCCCAUCUGUUUAAGCGGAUCGGAUUGUUGAGGAACGUUUCGGCUUUUCUCCAAGUCUUUCGAGCGACGCCUCUGGGCCAAAGGACGGUGUCGAGAUCUGCCUGACCGGGUGGAUCCAAUCAAGCCGGGUGGAUCCAAUCUGCCUGACCGGGUGGAUCCGAGGUGGCCGUUCUGUGGUUAAGUCUUUCCCGCACAGCCCCACGUGAGCUGCACACUCAAUUCUCCCAGCAGAGCUUGGCUCCCAUUUCCCCUUCGGCCGGCAAGCAGCCUUGGGGGUUCGUCUUUUCCCUGAGCCCAGGCUUUGCAGAAAGGUGAUUUGGGAAGGCUCGGGGGGCCGGGGAGGCUGAAGCUACGUGCUUGGCGUGAAUGCGGGCUGAGGAAUGCUCCCUGCCAGCCAGCAGGAACCGAAAGAAGGGGUGGGAUUGCGCUGGGGGAAACCAGGGAGGUCUGGUGGUCAUCCCGAAAGACGGCAACCGCUUCGUGAUGCCUGCCAGUCGUGUGGCGUGUCUCUCAGGCAGGCAAGACCCAGCCCUCCAGCCAGAGAGGGAGAAUGUCUUACCUGGGUUCCAUCCCAUGGAUGUUGUCUUAAUGCAGAGAGGUUGGAGAAUGGGCAUUUCCUCCUCCAAGUCUGAACAGGCACAUGGCUGUUUGACAAGCUUGGAAGCGGGAGCGUGACCCUGUUCCAGAGCUCCCUGCAUUCAAAUGGGCAAUUUGGGAUGGGAGCGGGGGGGUGUAAUGUGGCCAAAUCACAUUCUCCCCCUCGGUCUUCCCUGCACAUAGCCAGCGUGGCCGUACGAAGGCUCUAGGCUAACGUAUGUGUAAAUUUAAAAUAGAGAAGAUAUUUAUGCAAGGUCCCUCCACGGUCUCCUUGGGUGCUGGCCCCCAAAAUUACUUUCUUGGGUGCUUUUCCCCUAAAGCAAAAAGGGAAAGUUGCCCCUGGUUAGAUAUUUUCUAAUACCUCUCUCCUUCCCUUCAGCCCUGCUUUGUGUUUCAUUCGGCCCUCGCUCUCAGUUGGCGUUGCUGGAAAUCCACUUUUCGUCAAAACAAAAACUGAAGCCUUCCAUUCCCAACAUUUUGCCCCCGUGGUUUGUUCCCCCUCCCCUUCAUUGUGAUAGUCCUCGCAAGGACACCAGCUCCAGAUUUGGCCCUUCUCCUCUUGUAACACAGGUUACUUCUCCCCCCACUUUUUUUAUUUGGCAAGUCGUUUCGUUCCCCCACUGGGUCCCCUCAUUUGACGGACAAGUCAUCGCAUUCCACCUGAAAUAAAGAGAUUUUCUGUAUCGGC